AUGGAAUUUUUAAAAAGUUUUGACUCGGAUGACGACGUAGAAUUCGUCGAGACAUUCUUCAAUGUUGUGCAACAUGUUCACGCCGAAGAAAGUUCGAAUGCAGCGCGUACAAGGGCGGUCGUCAGUCGUGAUCGCCAAGCCGCACACGACUUAUUGGUACGUGAUUACUUUGCCGAUAAUUGUCUUUAUAAUGACGACUCGUUCGAACGUCGUUUUCGUCUGAAUAAGGCUAUAUUUUUACGUAUUAGUAAUGCUUUAGAAUCUCGUUAUGAUUUUUUCAAACAAAAACCCGACGCUAGAGGAAGAAUGAGUUUUAGUAGUAUACAAAAAUGUGCGGCUGCUCUUAGGUAUUUGGGAUACAGUAUAGCAUUUGAUGCAUCUGACGAAUACUUGAAAGUAUCCGAGAGUACCCCCGCGGUUGAAUGUGUAGAUUGGUUUUUUGCAUGUGUUUAUGAGGUUUUUCACGAAGAAUAUUUGCGUAAACCUACUCAACGUGAUAUUGAGAGAUUAUAUUCGGCUCAUGAAGAGAGGCAUGGAUUUCCCGGUAUGCUUGGCAGUCUAGAUUGUACGCAUGUGGCUUGGGAAAAAUGUCCAACUGCAUGGCGUGGUCAGUUCACUCGAGGAGAUAUAGGUGAACCAACUAUCAUUCUAGAAGCUGUUGCAUCUCAAGAUUUGUGGAUAUGGCAUGCCUUUUUUGGAGUAGCGGGGUCUAACAACGACCUUAAUGUUCUUGGUCAGUCUCCACUUUUCAACGAUAUUUGGACCGGCAAAGCACCUGAUAUGACGUUCACGGUAAACGGGCACGCGUACAAAUAUGGUUACUACCUUGGUGAUGGGAUAUACCCGGAUUAUUCUACAUUGAUGAAGGCAUACUCAGUUCCUCGAAGUGAAAAAGCAAAAUUUUUUACAAAAAAAAAAAGGAAUCAGCGAGAAAGGAUAUCGAGAGGGCAUUUGGAGUCCUUAAGCAAACAUGGCAUGUAG